UCUUGCACUCUCAUCAAAUCCAUUAUUUAUCAUAAUUAUCCUAUACACUGUCAAGUGUGAAGCAGCAUUUUACAAGUCUACAGUAGUUCUAAAGCAAUUUUCAUGCUUUUACAAUAAAGCAGAAAAUAUUUCUACAUUUAUAUAUAAUUCGAUGAUAUUUCCACGAUAACACAUAAUGGCUGGUUGUUACGACAAAUUAUCUUGGACGGAGGUGCGGGACUUGCUGAGAACUUGGAGGGAAGAUUCCGAACGACGGAGUAAAGAUGUUGUAGAUUUUUGGGAAAAUACAUUAAUGGGAAAGAUUGAUCGCUUAGGCAAUGAAAAAUAUCUGGUUCUGGAACAAGUAUGCGUUGCUGCAUUGGAUUGUUACCGCUUAUCAUUAGCUGAAUACUGCAUUAAAAUUUUAAUUCGUGCUUUUCCUGGCAGUUUACGUGUUCAUAAAUAUCAUGCCAUGCAUUUGGAGGCAUUAGAAAUGUAUGAUGAAGCAUUGGAAGUUUUGGAUUCUAUUAUAAAAAGAGAUGAGACUAAUGCGGCGCCAAGAAAACGCCGUGUUGCUAUCUUGAAAGCACGUGGACGUACUCCAGAAGCAAUCAAAGAACUUACAGAAUAUUUAAAAAGGUUUAUGAGUGAUCAAGAAGCAUGGCACGAGCUGUGUGAUUUAUAUUUGCAAGAACAAGAAUAUUCUAAAGCAGCCUAUUGCAUGGAAGAACUUAUAUUGCACAAUCCACAUAGCCAUUUAAUUUAUCAAAGAUAUGCGGAAAUAAAGUAUUCUCAGGGUGGAUUUGAUAAUAUGGAACUAGCAAAAGCAUACUUCUGCCAAGCUGUGAAGUUAAAUCCAAAUAAUAUUAGGGCUCUAUAUGGCCUGUUAUUGACAACAAAUAAUAUUGCGACAUCACCCAAAUGUCCUGCAUCUAAAAAGAAGGAAGCGAUGAAGCUGAGCGAAUGGGCUAGUAAACAAAUCGAGAAACAAUACGAAAGUAAAGUUUCGAAUGAAGAUGUUAAAAAUGUAGAGCGUUUACUAGGACAAUUGCAACUCGAAGCUUAGGUACUAUUAUUCAAGUUGAUAAUUUGUAUAUUUAUUUUAAUUUUGUAACAUAUGUAAAUGGCAUUUAAAGACAUGCUAAUAGUGAUUUCCGAAAGACCCUUGAGUACGAGAAAUUUUAGAUACGUUUUUUAACUUACGUAGUUAAAAAAAGUAACAAGAGCCACGAUUAAUAUACAUUAUAUAAACAGUAUUACCUUUAUUCUAUUUUUAAAUUAUAUAUGUUAUUUUGUUCUGAAUAAUUGUGCCUGAGAUAUCUAUAUACAAUGCAUAUGUUUAUAUAUUAGUUAAUCAAUUAAUGCGUAUUGUUCUCGAGUUUUAGAUACACUAUACGUAAUUAUCUUUUGAAUAUACAUUCAUUUCAAUAUCUUGGUGUAUAUGUUGUUAAGUAAAUGUAUUGAUCAUUGA